AUGCAACAGAACUUCCAAGAUGCCAUGGCUAUUGUCUCCAAAUUUGGACGACUUGAUCUGUUCCUGACCUUCACGUGCAAUCCGAAAUGUCAAGAUAUCCUAGAUGCUCUACCACCUAACCAACAACCACAGGACCGACCAGACAUAGUCAGCCGUGUCUUUAAGCAACACUUGCAGGAGCUCCUCCAUGACAUUCGUGUCAAACAUGUCCUUGGCAUACCCGUGGCGUUCGUCUACGUUAUCGAAUUUCAGAAACGCGGAUUACCACACUCUCACCUCCUAAUCAUACUUGCAGAAGGAAGUAAACUAAAGGAACCAUCAGAUAUUGACGCACACAUAUCCGCUGAAAUACCUGACCCACACUCCCACCAACAACUCUUCAAUAUUAUAAAAACAAGCAUGGUUCAUGGACCGUGUGGUGUGUUGAACAGGUCUUCUCCAUGUAUGCUCGAUGGAUCAUGUUCCAAGGACUACCCAAAGGCAUUCAAAGACGAGACAUCACUGGCAACAAAUGGAUAUCCCCUCUACCGCCGACGAGACAAUGGUCGCACAAUCGUCCUGGGAGAACACGAAGUAGACAACCGAUGGAUUGUACCCUAUAAUCCAUACUUGACACAGAAGUAUAAUGCACACAUCAACCUUAAAGCAUGCACAUCGAUUAAAUCGGUGAAGUACCUCUUCAAAUACGUUUAUAAGGAACAUGACAGUGCAAACGUGCAAGUCACUCAGACUGAUGAAAUAACACACGACGAAGUGCACACUUUCAUUGAGGAUUGA